AUGACGCCUAGAAGAUUCCCGCCCGCCCGCCUUUCCUCUUUCUUUCUUUCUUUCUUUCUUCCUUCCUUCCUUCCUUCCUUUCUUUCUUUCUUUCUUUCUUUCUUUCUUUCUUUCUUUCUUUCUUUCUUUUCUGUUUCCUCCUCACUGAUCGAUGUCUGUACAUCAUUUUCCUUCUCUUUCUCCUCAUACUACCCCCUUUCCUUUCUUCCUGACACACCACUCUGUUUGAUAUCUGUACAUCAUUCGCUUCCUCCGUGUCCUCAUACUACUCCCUUUGCUUUCUUCCUGCUCCCUCCUCUCUGUUUGAUAUCUGUACAUCAUUCGCUUCCUUUUUGUCCUCAUACUACUCCCAUUCCUUUCUUUCUGAUCCCUCCUCUCUGUUUGAUAUCUGAACAUCAUUUGCUUCCCCCUUCUCCUCAUACUACUCCCUUUCCUUUCUUCCUACUCCCUCCUCUCUGUUUGAUAUCUGUACAUCAUUCGCUUCCUCCUUGUCCUCAUACUAAUCCCUUUGCUUUCUUCCUACUACCUCCUCUCUGUUUGAUACCUGUACAUCAUUUUCUUCCUCCUUGUCCUCAUACUACUCCCUUUACUUUCUUUCUUCUCCUUCCUCUCUGUUUGAUAUCUGUACAUCAUUCUCUUCCUCCUUGUCCUCAUACUAUUCCCUUUGCUAUCUUUAUUCUUCCUCCUCUCUGUUUGAUAUCUGUACAUCAUUCUCUUCCUCCUUGUCCUCAUACUAUUCCCUUUGCUAUCUUUAUUCUUCCUCCUCUCUGUUUGAUAUCUGUACAUCAUUCUCUUCCUCCUUGUCCUCAUACUACUCCAUUUAUUUUCUUCCUGCUCCUUCCUCUCUGUUUGAUAUCUGUACAUCAUUUGCUUCCUCCCUGUCCUCAUACUACUCCCUUUGCUUUCUUCCUACUCCCUCCUCUCUGUUUGAUAUCUGUACAUCAUUUGCAUCCUCCUUCUCCUCAUACUACUCCCUUUUCUUCCUCCUCUCUGUUUGAUUCCUGUACAUCUGUUUGA